ACGCGCGGUCGCGUUUCCUGCCACACGUUUCAACGGGAAACAAACAAACAAUAUGACAUCUUCCUACUGCUUUACCUCUUUUCUAACAUAGCCAUUCGAGUUUUGCGGACAGUGAAUAGAUCAUUUUCUGGUGCAGGUGUCGAGGACUUGCAACACUCCAGAGUGGCAAAUCAGUUGCUUCUCUUGGCAUUUGUCCACAUUUGCACUGUAGCAGCAGAGGUGAAGCACCUCAAAGGGCUGGCACAGGAGGUUUGAGGGUGCACCAUGACCAAUGGUUCCAUUGAGUCAAAGGGUGAGAGCAAUGUGUGGACAUCUGAUGAUUCAGCCCCAACACAGCCCUCUACACAGCACCACCAGGACCCCAGCACCCCAGGCAACUUUUAUGACAAUUCCCAGGCCGCCAACUACCUCCCCCCACUCUUAAACCAACUCCCACCCUCACCUGUGUCAGUAGCAGAGUUGCAGGAAAGGGCUGUCCAGGAUAGUCAGAAUAACAAUGUAGAUGAGAACAGCAAUGACCGCCAUUAUGACCAGUAUGCUACUGCUGCAUACCCCAGUUGGGAGACUUCAUUCCAGGCAGCAUACCCAAUUCAAGAAGCAUCUCAUGUUGCAUACUCCAGUCAGGAAUAUUCUUCACGUCCAACAUAUCUUAUCCAAGGAACCUCAUGCCCAUCAUACUCCAGCAGGGAAGUUUCAUCGCAUUUAAACAGAGAAACUUCAUCACGCCUAAGUAGGGAGGCCUCACAAACAUACUCCAAUCAAGAAUCCCAGUCAUUCCAACCAAACAGGGAAGCCACACAUAACCCAUACUGUGCCCAAGAUGCCUCAUCACAGCACUCUUCCUCACACCUUAGUUGUGGGACUACUUCUCGUCUUGACCAAUCUGUACGACCUAGGGUGAGGCAACCACCCCAGCAUAGCAGAGAUGAAUCAGAUCAUACGCCACCUCCCAGGCGGCCCACCAUCACCAGGAGGGACAGUGAAAGCAGUGGUAGUAAUUGGCAGCACAGUGGAGCCAAACACCGCAGGAACCACAGUGAGGGCACCACAAGAUACCCACCUUUACCAAAUCUCAACUGCCCUACUAAUGAGUCAGGAGAGCUACCUCCCCAUCUUCCUGGUUAUGGGGUGGACAACCAUGACCCCCACAAUUCUCAGGGAUUGCUGUCUCUCACUAUAAGGGGUGGUGGGUACAAUUCCCAUCUCCCUGUGGCCCUGCAGUCUGCUGAGCGUGUCACCCAGGAGGCCGAGGAGCUGCUUACCACCUUCACCUCAGAGACCCUUCGCAACAAUAGGCUAGAGGUGCCCCAGUGGUUGGAGGCUGUGCCUAGCCCCCACAUGGUUCGUGCUGGCCGUGAGCUGCGUCUUCUUGCUGAUGCUUUUGCAUGUACAGCUGAGAGACGAAAGGUGCGGCACAUGGCAGAAUCAGUGAACCUGAGCUGCAUUGAGAUGGAUGAUUUCUUUCAGCUCUGUGCUGAGCUAUUCUAUGAUGGUAUCACUCGGGAACGCAUUGUAGCACUAUUCACAUUUGUGGGAGAUGUGGCAGUGCACCAGGUGAGGAUAAAGGGAGAGGAACUGAUUCACCGGUUAAUAAAGUGGUCCCUCAAGUACCUGGUGGAGCAUGUGUGUCGAUGGGUGCAGGAAGCAGGUGGCUGGGUUGCAGUGCUGACUUGUGGAGCCAACUUCCUUUACCGAUGUGCUGUAUUCGUCUUCUGCGUGUGUGGUUCUGUUGCUGCUGGCCUCUUUAUAUACAAAACCCUAAAAAAUGGGUGACGCUGGCCUUUGCCCCACUUUCCUUCACCCCAUGACAUGUAUGUGUUCUCUGGUCCUCACCUGCUGUUGCUCAGCUCACCUCUCAGUUGCUCAUAAAUAUUUAAUGUGUGUGAAUGUGGCCAGUGAAGGUAUGUUAUGCAUAUUUGUAUAUGAAAGUGUAUGAUGGAUGUCAUUAUUCUUCACAUCUACUUGCAUUCAGUAGAUGUACCAUAUUUUUUUUGCCAGAACCAAUUUUUAUCUCCCACAUUGUCUAAAUGGUCACCCAUUGUCUUUCAUAUUAUUGUUAAUUUUACUGUUGAAAUUUGGCAUGUGGCUGUUGUCAUUGCUAAGCUAAAUCCUAUUUUGUCAAGUUGAGGUUGAGAGAUCUCGAAACUAUACACUGAAGUAGCUAAGAAAAUUGCUUUGCUGAACAGUCAUAAAGUUAGAGCAGUCAAUGGCAUUGAAUUCAAGUGCCUAAGAAUAAAAUGUACAUAUAAAAUAAAAUCAUGAUUUCACGCAAGGGUGGUACCACUAAUAAUUUUUGCAUGGUCUUGCACAAUCUGCAGAAAGGAUGUGAAUCUUGACUGUUUUAUGUUGUAUAUGUGAUAUUUGGAUGCAGAGAUGUAGUGGGAUUCAAGCUAAAUUUCAGGAUAUUAGUGUUCGAAUGAAUGUGCAACACAUCAAUGAGGGUGGUGGGAGAGAUAAGUGAGAACAGUUGAAAUGGUUGCUAAAUGGUUAAUCUUUUGAAUGUGUAGUAGAAUGUUUAUAUUUUGAAGGAUAUGAUUUGUGCUGGAGGUAGUGCAAAUGCUAGUGUAGUGGCAAGAAUAUGAAGUCGACAGAUGAAAUUUGGGGAACUAUUGCCUUCAUUGAAACUGAGGAGAGUCUUGAAUGCAAGAGGCACUUUAUAUUGGUUGUGUGAGAAAUGUAAUAUAGUAAGGUAGUGAAAACUAGGAUUUGAAGGAAGAUGCUUAGAGAAUAAAGCAGACAGAGAUACAGAUACUAAGUUAGAUGUGCAAUGCUUUACUGAACAAUAGAAUCAAGAUUGUAGAUGUUUAACUGAGGGAGAGGAUGGAAGUUGAAUGUGUUUGUUUAGUAAUGAGGAUGAGUAGACUGAGGUGGUUUAUGCACGUUUAGAGGAUUGUGAAGUGACUGGAUGAAAAGAAUUAUAGAUCUGAAUGUAUUUAAUAGAAUUUUCGAUGAUCAAAGAAAAUUUGGGAUGAAGUACUCCAAAAGAACCUUGAGAGAUCUUGGCAUGUAUGGGCAGGCCACUAGCAACUGACAACUUAGAAAGUCAUUAUUAGGUGAAUGCAGCCAACACAUGCAAGUGUGUAUGAAGUGACAACACUGGAUAGCAAACUGGUAUCAAGUGUCAGAACUCUACAUGGUAUGUGUUAUGGAAUUUUAGUUUAGAUAAUUAAUCAAAUUUUCUAUCUAUGACAUCAUUUCAGGGCUGGAUUUGGACUUGAGAUCUUUUCAGACUUUAAAUCUUCAGAUACAGGAUGCUCAGUCUGCAAUAAAUUUAACAAAAGAAAGCAGAUGUCAUUUUUAUUGAAUUAGUCAGCUGGUGAUUCUCCUGUUAGAAGUUCUUUCAAUUGAAUAACCUUAUGCAUCCUAGAAAUUUUUUGUGAUCAUGGCUCACAUUUCACUAACAUUUUAUAGAAUCUCUGUGGCAUAGAUGUUGAGGUAUGAAUCAAUAAAGAAACUUGAAUUUGCAGAUGAUAAAUGAAGAUUAUUUCAUUAUUUAAGUAUUACCAAUGACUUUGUGUACAUUACUUUACACACUCAUGGAUGUGGUGUCUAGACUGGAGAUGGGUUUCUCCUGGUAUCUCAGAACCAUGUCAUAUUUUGGAGGUUUUUGUAUUGCUCUAAUUGCAUUUUGCAAAUAAACAGACCAUUAUGGUGAA